UAUUACACAGACACAGAACGGAGAUACAGCAGAAAAUGGCAGAAGUAGCUCCAGCUGCAGCUGUCGCACCGCCCAAAGUGACCAAGAAGAAGGGUACCACACCGAGGAAGACCGGUCCCAGCGUCAGUGAGCUCAUCCUGAAUAUUGUGGCCGCAUCCAAGGAGCGAAACGGCGUGUCUGCGGCCGCCCUCAAGAAGGCUCUGGCUGUAGGAGGCUACGAUGUGGACAAGAACAAGUCCCGCGUCAGGACCGCCAUCAAGGCACUGGUGGCUAAGGGCUCUCUGGUCCAGACCAAAGGGACCGGGGCCUCCGGCUCCUUAAAGAUGAGCAAGAAGGCUGCCGAACCUAAGAAGGUCAAGAAGCCGGCCAAGAAAGCCGCUCUUAAAGCCAAGAAGCCCGUAGCGGCCACAAAGACCAAGACAGCGGCAGCUAAGAAGCCAGUAGCCGCUAAGAAGUCUCCCAAGAAGGCCAAGAAACUCACAGCAGCCAAGAAAGCAGCCAAGAGCCCCAAGAAGGGAUCCAAAAAGACUAUUGACAAAGUUGCCAAAAAGACCACUGCAGCCAAGAAAGCACCUGUAGCCAAGAAACCUGCAGCUAAGAAAUCUCCUGCAAAGAAAGCUGUCAAGCCAAAAGCAAAGAAAGCAGCAGCUAAGAAGAAGUAAAUUGUCAUCAAUUAUUCCAACAAACAACAAAGGCUCUUUUAAGAGCCACCCACACCAUCCUUAAAGAGCAUGUCCUUUCUUCUUUAUAUUGAGUGCAGGUGUAUUAACAUCUUAAAUAUUUGGUGCAAGUGGAAAGAAAAGGGAAACACAGAAUCGUUUAUAACAGGCUAUUAUUUAUUUGUAACUUACAAGAGAAGCAGCCGUGUUUCUCCUAACCUUAGAAUUACCAAGUCAUUAAAGUCAGAUGUCUAUUAAAGAUUUUUUUCUUUAACCAUAACAUGUAUGAAUGGACUUUGUUGUAGCUGUAUGAUGCUGUAGAGCUGAAUCACAACUGUCCUCACUUAAACAAAUUUCGUGAUGAAUGUCAUAGUAAAUAAGCACAAGAAUAGGCAUAUAAAUAAAUAAACAAAUCAACAGCAAAGAUUAGUGAACGUGAUCACUCAUUUUAUUGAAAACAAAAAGUGAUCAAUCAGUCAUAAAAGAAGAAAAAAGCAAUCAUAAUCAAUGGUGUAAUUGUGACUCAUAGUUUCAAACAACAUAACACAGUAAACAUGAUCUUAAUUUAUUGAAAUAAUCGUGAUG